AUGAUGGUCGACAUUGUACAAGUUUUGGGUACAGCAAAUGGAAAAUUUGAUUGUGUCAGUGGUUUAUGUAUAAAUUCAGCUCAAUAUAUUUAUGUAUCAGAUCGAAAUAACCACCGCGUACAAAUAUUUGACCGAUACGGAAGGUUUAUUCGCACUCUAGGUUCAACUGGAGACGAAGGUGAAUUAAAACAUCCGUGUGGCAUAGCAGUUGAUAAUCUCGGACACGUUUACGUUUGUGAUAAAGAAACGAAUCGGAUCGUUGUAUUCCAUGAAAGUGGACGAUAUAUGCGUUCAUUCGGUACUCGGGGUACAGGUCAAGUACAAUUCGAUAAACCAUCUGCUAUUGCGCUAACAACUGAUAAUCGUCUUGUUAUUAGUGACACAUCAAAUCAUCGAAUUCAAAUUUGUGAUCCAUUUGGAAUCUUUUUUCUCACGUUCGGUUCGGAAGGAACCGAAAACGGAUACUUUAAGUCCCCACGCGGAGUCACCGUCGAUUCGGAAGGUUUUAUACUUGUCGCUGAUUCGGGAAAUAGUCGUAUCCAAAUAUUUCGAUCGGACGGAACGUUUGUUUGUCCAUUUGGCUGUGAUGGAACAUCAGCGGGGCAAUUUCGACAACCAGAAGGACUAACUGUUAUGUCUAAUGGUGAUGUAGUCAUAGCAGAUAAAGAAAAUCAUCGGAUACAAAUAAUGUGA